AUGUUCAGAGGAAAGAAGCCAAUUCUCGAUCACAUACGAAUUUUCGGGUGUAUUGGUUAUGCAAAGGUGGAGAAGCCUCAACUCAAGAAGCUAGACGACAGAUCGCGUGUCCUUGUGCAUUUAGGAACCGAACCAGGGUCCAAAGCUUACCGACUACUUGAGCCACAAGGAAGAAAGAUAAUAGUAAGUCGAGAUGUGGUGUUUGAUGAAUCAAAAGGAUGGAACUGGAGUCAUAGUAACUCGGCUCAGGGAGAUAACAAAGAGUUUAAAGUGAUAUUUGGUGAGUUUGGAAAUCGCGGGAUUCAAGAGAUAUGGGAGAAUGAUGGAAUCGAGAGAUUCAAUGGUGAAACUAAGAUGAUUGGAGGUUCUAAUGACGAACAAGUUGAGAAUAGCCCUAGCUACAAUAUCGCAGAGACGCAUGAGGAAGAGGACAGAGGAUACAGAGACACAGGAGAGUCCUGA